AUGGCACCCAAAACCUUCUUCCUGGCAGCAACUGCCCUGGUCUGGCCAGCAAUCACCCAAGCUUAUACUCUCAAGGACAGCUACACCGGCAACAAUUACCAAGACUUCUUCAGCAAGUUCACCUUCUGGACUGGGGCCGAUCCGACCAACGGUCUUGUGCAAUACGUCGACGAAGCCUCAGCCUGGAGCAACGGCCUCAUCGGCAACGGGGGCAACAUCUAUCUCGGAGUGGACCACACCAACAAGGUCGGCAAUGAGGGUCGCAAGAGUGUCCGGCUGACCGGCAAGACGGCCUACAGCCCGGGAACUCUCAUCGUGGCAGAUAUCGCAUAUAUGCCACAAGUCUGCGGCACCUGGCCCGCUUUCUGGAUGACCGCCGCCUCGGACGAUUGGCCACAGAGCGGCGAGAUUGACAUCGUCGAAAACGCCAACAACGCCCAGAACAACCAGAUGUCGUUGCACGUCAGCAACAAACAAGGCCAAUGCACCAUUACCUCCAACCCUGCUAUGACCGCAACCAAGGACCGGUGGAACAACUGCGCCGAAGAGGCCAACGGCGGCUGCGACGCCAACGACCCGCGCACCAACAGCUUCGGAUCGGGAUUCAACAACAAUGGUGGAGGUGUUUAUGCCAUGGAGUGGACCGCCCAAGCGGUACGCAUCUGGUUCUUCCCCCGGGGUGCCAUUCCCAGUGGCGCAAGCGGGCCCUUGGGGUCUUCUCCGAAUCCGGAUACUUGGGGAACCCCGACUACGGUUUUUGAGAGUAAUAAUGGAAGUGGGUGUGAUAUGUCCACACAUGUCAAAAAUCAAAGGAUUGUCAUCGACACCACUUUCUGUGGAACUUGGGCGAGUGGGACGUGGUCGAGUUCCGGGUGCGCGGCCAAAACUGGGUAUGGGUCUUGUGAGGAUUAUGUGAAGAAUGUGCCGGGGGAUUUCAAGUAUGCUUUUUGGACGUUUAAUUCGAUUAUGGCUUAUACUUGA